GAGCACAAGAGCCAGGUGACGUCCCUGGAGCAGCGCGUGGCCCAGGCCAAGACGCGUUACUCGGUGGCGCUGCGCAACCUGGAGCAGAUCAGCGAACAGAUCCACGCCCGUCGCCUCCAACGCCUCAUCCAACGCCGGGAAUCUCCGGUGGGUUCCGAAUGCGGUACCGUCGACGGUGCCGAAGGACCCCAAUCCGAUUCGGUAUCGGUUCUCAGCCUCCGUACCAUCGCUUCCGACCUUCAGAAGUUCGAUUCGGUGGAACAUCUGUUGGGUUUUUCGGACGUCAGCAGUCUCCGUGGGGAGGGGGAGGAGGCGAUGGGGGGGAGGGGUGGGGGUGGGGAGGAGGAGGAGGAGGAGGAGGAGGAUGAAGAAGGGGAGGGGGGGAGGGGGGGGACGGCGGCGUCGCGACGCGGUGGGCGCGGGAGGUUCCGGCAUCACCGGAGCGUCAGCCUUUGAGAGUA